CGUCUCGCAUAUCUUUUUCCCUGCUGCCAAACACUGCUCUAAACUCGGAAUUUCUGUUCGUUUCCUAUCCCGGCGCGGUCAGUGUACUCGGACUGCAUCCUCCGGCUGGAAAACGGCCCUCUCCCCUCGCCUGCUAUCAACUGGAAAGCAACCGAUAGUCCAAGCUCUGAAACUACGUCGCAAACGCCGGGUUGGCGAUGAUUUUCAGGCGGCUCUGGCGUCACGAAAAGCAAUGGAACUGCGCCCGGCGCUGGUGGUUUUGCUCCUCCUCCGGCGCCGCGCCGUCUCUGCCGAUGGCCUAUCUCCAGAAGUCUCGGUUUCUAGGGUUUUCUUCUCAAGCAGACAACGCUAGAUGGGUAUCGGUGAUGUUACCUUCUUAUUUAGCCAAUAGGCACACUGAGUUGUACAUUCCCUGUUAUAUGAAGCAAUGUUGCUUUUCAACUCAAGCUUUGGCUGAUGUACCAGUUGGCGGGAUAGUUGAUGUGCCUUUGGCACAAACUGGUGAAGGUAUUGCUGAAUGUGAACUUCUGAAGUGGUUUGUACAGGAGGGGGAUGAAGUUGAAGAGUUUCAACCACUUUGUCAAGUUCAGAGUGAUAAGGCAACUAUAGAAAUAACAAGUCGUUACAAAGGAAAAGUUUCACAGGUUCUCCAUGUUCCUGGCAACAUUGUACAGGUUGGAGAAACUCUACUUAAGAUGGUUGUUGGAGAUUGUUCUCUUCCAACUCAGGAAGGUGUUACUUUGGAAAAGAUGAAGCCGGUGAAUUCUGAAUCAUCCAUCUCAGAUGGUCAAAGUUCAGUGCUAAAGAGGAGUAAUGUGGGUGGAGUUCUGUCAACACCUGCUGUUCGCAACCUUGCAAAGCAGUAUGGUAUAUGCAUAAGUGAUGUCACUGGGAGUGGCAAGGAUGGAAGGGUAUUAAGAGAAGAUGUCCUCAGAUAUGCUGUGGACAAAGGAAUUCUUAAAGUUGCUUCACCAAGUGAUACUUCUAAAGAACAGUUGCUGGGAGAAGAGGAAUUCUCAUAUGCCUCAUCUGCAUAUGGAUGGGACUAUGAAGAUAAGACAAUUACGUUGAGAGGAUUCCAGCGAGCAAUGGUUAAAUCAAUGACAUUGGCUGCAAAAAUUCCACAUUUUCAUUACGUGGAAGAGAUCAACUGUGAUGCACUUCUGGAUCUUAAAGCAUCUUUUCAGAAUGAAAAUUCCAAUCCAGAUGUCAAGCACACUUUCCUUCCGGUUUUGAUAAAGUCACUCUCAAUGGCAUUAAGCAAAUACCCCUUUUUAAACAGUUGCUUCAAUGAGGAGAUGCAGACAGUAACCCUAAAAGGUUCUCAUAAUAUUGGUAUUGCCAUGGCCACUCAACAUGGUCUGGUUGUACCGAGCAUAAAGAAGGUUCAAUCUCUAUCCAUCUUGGAGAUUACAGAGGAACUGUAUCGGCUCCAACAAUUGGCUUCAGCAAACAAACUUAGUCCCAAUGAUGUUUCUGGCGGGACUAUAACGUUGAGCAAUAUUGGAUCAAUUGGUGGAAAAUUUGGUUCACCCCUCAUCAACUCGCCCGAAGUUGCUAUUAUUGCAAUUGGUAGAAAGAAAGUUCCUCAUUUUGCUGAUGAUGGCAAUGUGUAUCCAUUGUCAGUGAUGACUGUAAAUAUAGGUGCUGAUCAUAGGGUUUUGGAUGGAGCAACGGUCGCAAGAUUUUGCAAUGAGUGGAAGCAAUUUAUUGAAAAACCAGAGCUGCUCCUGUUGCAGAUGAGAUGACUGGCGGUUUAGUAGUUUGGAAUCAAGUUUCUGCAGUAUUUGCUUUUGGCUUCUAUGCCUCGUGUAUCUCUCUGUUCAUAUGGAGGAUUUUUAAUGAUGAUAAGAAGCCCUAAAUGAAAUUCAACUGCCAGCAGCAGCAGCAGGCAGCAGGCAGCAGGACCUGAAUACAUCCCAGUAAUGAAUGGAAAAGAGUUGGCAUUGGCAGCUUCGCCACUA